AUGGCCACCGACUACAGCAAGAAGACCAACGCCGAGUUGGUUGAGAUCCUUAAGACUCGCUCUCUCCCCCACACUGGAAAGAAGGCCGACAUGGUCUCGCGCCUUCAGGAACACGACGAGAGCAAUCCAUCCGACGCUCCUGCCGCAGCUCCUACCGCAGCCAAGACCGACGCCGCUGAGGACGUCAUUGACUGGGACGACGAACCCGCAGAGACCAUUAUCGAGCCAUCCACAGAAGCCGGCGCAGCUGCGAUUGCCGCUGGUGGCCAGGGCGCAGUUCCCAACCCCGUCGCUGUCCCGAACCAACAGCUCGACGAGAACCCCGCCACAACUGAGAACUUGAAGGUCGAGGCGACCGGCGCCGUCGCUGAACCAACUACUCAGCCCGAAGCCGAGACUGAACAGAAGCCCGCCGUCGAUUACACACGAGGACUCCCCCAGACCGAUCUGGAGGCGGAGCUCGAGAAGCGCAAGGCUCGCGCGCAGAAGUUUGGCAUCGUUGAGGAUGACGACACAGCAUUGAAGGAGGCUACAAAGCAGCUGGAGCGCGCUAAGCGGUUCGGUACUGGCGCCGAGGCUGAGACUACACCCGCUGCAGGUGUAAGCCGUCUUGACCAGGCACUUCCGGAUGAGCGCUCCCGCAAGAGACGUAAUGAUGCCCGCACCGACUCUCGCAACGACCAGGGUGGUCGUGGAGGCAAGAGACGCGACACUGGACGCAACCGCAACAACCGUCAACGUGGGGAUGGAAACCGGGAUGGAAAUCGCAACCGUGGCGAUGGGAACAAGACUAAUGCUGGCGUGAAGAAGCCUAACGCCGGAGGGAACACUGCCCAGAAGUCUUGGAGUGAGAAGGAUAAUGCGGCUAUGGAGGCUCGCAAGAAGCGGUUUGCGGCCGCUGCUUAA